AAAUGUCUGAAGACUAUUUGGGGUCACUGUACGUCCACGUGUCUUGUCCUAUUCAGCAAGUAGAUGGCGUCUUCCCGUAACACAGCCGCUCAUCCCUGCUGAAGAUAGCUGAGUCACAUCUCCACACGCGCUCAUUCAGGACACUUCUGAGGCUGUAUUUCGCGGGGUCUCGCGCUUUAACACAAUGCUGACGAUCACUCUGAAGACGCUCCAGCAGCAGACGUUUAAAGUGCAGAUAGAUGAGGAACUGACGGUAAAGGCUCUUAAAGAGAAGAUAGAGGAAGAAAAGGGUCAAGAUGCUUUUCCAGCUGUCGGUCAAAAACUAAUCUAUGCAGGCAAAAUUUUGAAUGACGAUAUACCUCUAAAAGAAUACAAAAUAGAUGAGAAGAACUUUGUCGUGGUGAUGGUUACAAAGCCCAAAUCUGCAACACCACCACAAGCUCCUGCUCCCGUUAGCGCGUCCCUCGCCGAAACCCCCGUCCAUCAGCCCACGGCUCCUGCUGCGCCUCCUACUGCCUCCACAGUGCCUGUAUCAACCCCUGCUCCCGCUCCUGUAGAACCAGCGGCGUCAGCGGAGCCGGCCACGCUGCCUGUUACAGUGCCCCCUGCUGCCUCGGAGGCUGCUGCGGAAACGCCAGAGCCAGUUAGCGCCACUCCUGCUCCGAUCUCAGAAGAGGAGAACCAGGCCGCCCAAGAAGAGCAGGCCAUCGCCCAAUCAGAGGCCAGCAUUAUAGAUGAGUUGGGUCUUUUAGAAGCGGCUGCAUCCAUACUAGUUACGGGUCAAGCAUAUGAGAAUUUGGUGACGGAAAUCAUGUCAAUGGGUUACGAGAGGGAGCAGGUGAUCGCCGCCUUACGAGCAAGUUACAACAAUCCGGACAGAGCCGUAGAGUACCUGCUUAUGGGUAUUCCCACAGAAUCCGAGCAGCCGCCACAGGAAGUAGUUCGGCCCACUGCCGUGCCCAACCCCACCCCUCCCGCACCACAGCGACCUCAGCCUCCGCCCACCGCCACAGCCGGUGCGGAGUCCGGAGCCGCGCAGCCGACGGCAAACCCGCUUGAGUUCCUGAGGAACCAGCCACAGUUCCAGCAGAUGCGGCAGAUCAUCCAACAGAACCCGGCGCUCCUGCCGGCACUGCUGCAGCAGCUGGGCCGAGACAACCCGCAACUCCUGCAGCAAAUCACGCAGCAUCAGGAGCGGUUUGUGCAGAUGUUGAACGAGCCGCAGCCAGGCGAGGCCGGAGCCGCCGAAGCCCCCGCCGCCCCACAGACGAACUACAUUCAGGUCACGCCGCAGGAGAAGGAAGCCAUCGAGAGGUUAAAAGCCCUAGGGUUUCCCGAGGGACUCGUCAUCCAAGCCUACUUCGCCUGCGAGAAGAACGAGAACCUCGCCGCAAACUUCCUGCUCCAGCAGAACUUUGACGAUGAGUGAACGUUACCGGCGACACUUGGAGGACGACGACGGAGAGAAUGCAAGCGUGCGUGUGAAUGUGUGCGAAUAGGAAGUCGACUGGUCUUCCAUGAUGGUUGUCAUGGAGUCUAAACCGAAGCCAUGAUGUGACGUUAAAUAUCAGCACAGCGUUUUAUUUUGAUAGAUAUAGCCGAUCCUCCACGUUGAGGUGUCCGUUGUCUGUCUGGUUUCUGCUGCUAUCACUGCUGUGUGCGUCGAGUGAGUUAAAACCCUGCCAAAAACUCUCAAGCUAUCAGAAUCAUGUUUUUCAAAUGCAGUAUUAAUAAUGAGGCGAUUUUGUUAGGGUAGAUGCCAAAUUUAGUUUGUCAUUGAGGGAUAGAUGAACAUUUAUUCAACCCAAUUUUUUUUGAGUUUCUCCACUGGAAGACGUAUUUUCGAGUCUGUCAAAUUAAAUAUGGCGUCUACUCUAACUUAUGGCACUUUAUAUCAUUUUUAAUGUUUAAUUUUCCUGCGUUUGUGCAAUGGAUGCCACCAAACUACUUUGCAAUUCAUCUGUUCUCCUACAUUACUAUUAGAAAUAAACCCACUGUAUGGGUAGGUUGGUACUUUUAAACCCACGUCCCAAAAAAACAGCAUUGAUGGUUGAGCAUUGAUCCAGUCGGCGACUUAACUAGAUUUUUUUUCUGUUAUGUUUACAGUCUAAAGUUCCCACAUAAAACCAGUUCGGUAUGCAGUAGAAACUCGUGCAGUGGUUUUGAACGGAGCCCGAAAUGCUGCAACAAUCGUAGGUAUUUUAUGUAGUGAAGCAACUGAAUGUGAUCGGGUGUCUCAGCGUGUCUCUAAAACCUCAUGAAAAUAUGCAUACAUGUAAUUUAAAUAUUUGUACAUAUUUGAGUGAAGGAGAAAAAGAGUGUUGUCUUGGUCUCUGUUGUACACUUAAGACAGUGCCAAACGUAAUUAGAAACUGAAAAUGGAUGAAAUUACAGUGUAGUGCUUAAAGUGGAUGCAGAAUGCAUAUAUUUUUAUAUAAAUGAUGUGUCCUGCUCCUAUGGGUUUGCUUUGUAUAGAGUUUAAAGUGCUGGAAGGGUGUUACUUUUGAGUUGGAUUAAAAAACCUAUUGGUGUUCUAACAGGUACAGGAAAGACACGGCCUCCUGUUUACACUAUAUGAUGCAGUUUUGAGUUUUCAUUUCAGCAUUUUAUAUUAUUUUUUCUUCUCUGAGGUUUUGAUGUGUGAAGAAAGUAAACAUGGAAGAUUUUGGUCUUAAAUGCAUCUGCACAAAAGGGUUUGCUGAGUGGUUUAUGAAUGUAUUGUUUUAGUGGUGUGUGAAAUAAAUUGCUUUUAAAAAGCUUCAUCGGAGUCUCCAACUGGA